AUUCCUAAACAAAGUUAAAACUUACCAUACUCCUGCCUCUCACUACCCCCAAUCCAAACACACACUAAAUCAAGGGAUAUUUUAGUCACGUCGGGGCCUAAUUGCAAGACCCUAAGAAUUAGCGGAACUUAUGAGCAAUUUCAAAGAUUAUAGGAUGUAGUAUGGAAUUAUUGAAGAUUUAAGAGGCUAGUAGGGAAGUUAUUGGAGAUUUAUAAAGACCUCGCUUUUGUUCUUUCUCUCCUCUCAUCGAGGGGAGAAAAAAACCCUAAUUAUCCGCACAAAGCGAAUCUCGCCCGCGACCGCCAUGGACGAUUCCAAGAAGAGAAAGCUUGAAGAAGAAGAAGGAGGCAACGGGGAGCUCUCUCUCAUCAAUUCCGAUCAACAGCUGCGCCUUCUUCUCGAUCCUCUUCGAAAAGAUCAGCUCGUCGACCUCUUAGCCAAACUAGGUACCCAGUAUGCUACAGUUGCAGAUGAAAUUAGAGGUGUGGCAAGCUCCGAUCCUGUUCAUCGCAAGCUUUUCGUUCGUGGGUUGGCAUGGGAAACUACUUCAGAAACCUUGUGUGCUGCAUUUUGUGAUCAUGGUGAGAUCGAAGAAGGAGCUGUCAUAGUUGACAAGGCGACUGGAAAGUCUCGUGGAUAUGGCUUCAUUACUUACAAGCAUAUGGAAUCUGCUCAAAGGGCCUUGAGAGAACCAAGCAAAUUGAUUGAUGGUCGAUUGGCAGUCUGUAAUCUUGCUUGUGAGGGUCUAAACAGUGCAUCUGUAAGUUCUGAUAUAGCGCUUAGGAAGAUAUAUAUUGGUGGACUCUCUCCAGACACUUCAACCGAAGUUUUGCUCAAUUUCUUCAGCAGGCAUGGGGAAAUAGAAGAAGGUUCAGUUGCUUAUGAUAAAGAGACAAACAAAUCAAGAGGAUUUGGCUUUGUCACGUACAAAACUGCUGAGGCUGCAAAGAAGGCUAUAGAUGAUCCAAAUAAAAUACUUGGGGGGAGAAACAUAACUGUGAAGCUUGCAGACACCAAGAACAAAGCUACACAAGGCCAGCUUCCACCAACUCUGCUUCCAAUACCCAUUCCCAUUUCAGCUGCAUAUUCACAGCCUGGAAAGAACCAGGUUUCAACUGCAACAGCCUAUGCUCCUUAUCCGCAGCUUUUGCCAUCAUAUCCUUCUGCUCCAUAUCCAGGUGCACCAACUCAGUACCCUCAUCAAUCGCACGGCUCAUAUUCACCGCUCUCAGCAAAGAAGGAACACAUCGGUUUUCCUUCAGUUUCACCUACUGGACUUUCUGGAUACCCGUAUUAUCGCUAGAUUUCAUCAUGUUCAGGAGUUGUGUUAAAUAUUUUAGCAGUCUUGAGACAAAUUGGCCAUUUUCGCCAGAAAACCAAGAAACAACAGGCCAUCUGCUGUGAAACAUAUUUAGUCUUGUAUCUCUACUCUUGACCUAUUUGCUCUAAAUAGAUUUUGCUAGUUCUGCACCCUCUGUAGUUUGAAACAUAUGUAGAAAUUUAAAAACUCCGACAUUU